GAGUCUUUUGUGCUUACUCUUUGGUUUGUAAUGGCGAAUUUUUAAAGGUUCCCUUUAACUGACAAGUGUCUGUGAUUCCGUAUAAAACCAGCAGCACAGCUGUCAUGGACUGGAGCCCUGGAUCUCUCAUGAUGGAGCGGAAACUACACCGGAGGCAGGGGAGCAUUGACCUUUUAGAAACCAUCGGAGUUGUAAAUGAGAAUGGCAAUGAGAUCCCAUCUAUGCCACCAGUGCAACCUCCCCUGACCUACGAUUUUGUCCUUGUGGCAAAAAUAUCAGAAGAAGAGGAAAAUAACCAAUGCAACAGAAAACAGAAAGCUUUUAUUGAAACUUUGAAAGCUAAGAAAUUAAAUGUUCAUAAAUUUAGAGAUGACGAUAAAGUAUUUUAUUGCAUUAGAGCACCAGAAAGGGUUUUUGAGACAUACCGGUAUCUCUUAAAAGUGUCUGAUGCCUGUAACUGGAGUUGUGAGCAGCAGGGUACUAUACCUCAGUCAACCAGGAUUCGUAUUGUUGAUUUCAUUCUGCAUCACACAUGCAUCGAUUCUGAGGGUGUUUCAGAAUAUCUGCCCGAUCUCAUGAAAAAAAAAGUUUUCGAGACUCACUUCUGCUUACAUGAGAAAAGGGAGCAGAAAGAACUGAAGCAGAGCUGGGCUCGAUGGUCCGCUUGUUUUCGGGGGCAACCCAUAACUAACGUCAGAAACUACCUUGGCGAGAAGGUGGCUCUUUAUUUCCUGUGGCUGGGCUGGUACACAUUUCUCUUGAUUCCUGCUUCUGUAAUUGGUCUCAUAGUAUUCCUGUAUGGCCUGGCUUUCUACAGCACAAGUCCUCUCAUACAAGAGGUGUGCCAGUCGAACGUUAUUAUGUGCCCUCUGUGCGAUAUUAGUUGCAAAGUGUGGGAGCUUUCCGACACCUGCAUGUAUGCAAAGGUGAGCCUUCUGUUUGAUAAUGAGGGAACAGUAGCAUUCGCCAUGUUCAUGGCUGUGUGGGCCACUGUGUUUCUGGAGUUUUGGAAGCGUCACAGUUCGUCUUAUGUGUGCGCAUGGAAGGUCUUUGACUGGUGUGAGGAAGAGGAGGAGUUGAUUCUGGAGAUUGUAAAUAAUGCACACUGUGAACCCAAGAUGCCCAUGCACUCUUAUCUACGGUCCACUAUAGUAAUGGUUUUAGCCACACUCAUGAUGCUGAUCAUCAUUGGUUUGACCCAUGUCCUGGUUGUGUUUCGAGUGAUUGCUACUGUACUGUUGGCUGAAAACAGUUCUUGGCCGGUCAUUACGGAGAAUUCCCAAACAGUUGCCCUGAUGCUCGGAGCUGUGCUACACUACAUCACCAUCACCGUCAUGACUCGGGUCAAUUGUACAGUAGCCAUGAAGCUGAGUGAAAUAGAGAAUAAGCACUCCCAUUCUGCCAUUGAAAGGAGUUUUACAGUGAAGAUGUUCACAUUCCAGUUCUUUACAAUGUUCUCCUCUCUCAUGUACACAGCGUUCUUUCUGGGAAGAAUUAAUGGUCACCCUGGAGGAUAUACAAGAAUAUCUGGCAGAUGGAGACUGGAGGAGUGUCACCCAAGUGGCUGUCUCACAGAUUUGUUCAUUCAGAUGUCUAUUAUCAUGGUACUUAAACAGACCUUCAACAAUAUCUUUGAAUAUUCUGGUCCCUGGUUUAGAAGGUGGUUGAACAGGAAAAAGACCCAGAAGCUGCGGAGAAGAUGUGUCAAAUGCUAUAAGAAGGAGUGUAUGAGCGCCAAGGAAGGAUCCGAACUCUGUGAAAACUGCAAACGCGAAGACCUCCACAGAAACUAUGGCCUGAUUAAAACUGAUAGCUUCAGCCUCUUUAAUGAGUUCUUGGAAAUGGUGAUGCAGUUCAGUUUUACUACUAUCUUCGUAGCAGCAUUUCCUUUGGCUCCAUUGUUGGCUCUUCUAAACAACAUCAUUGAGAUCCGAUUGGAUGCCAUUAAGAUGGUCAGUCUUGAACGCAGACUAGUACCAACAAAGGCCAACAAUAUUGGUGUUUGGACAGAAGUGCUGGAGGCCAUUAGUGUGCUUGCGGUCAUUGCUAAUGGACUGGUCAUUGGUAUAUCCUCUGAUUUCAUUCCUCGUCUGGUUUACAAGUACUACUAUGGGCCUUGUGCCAGCGGCAGUGCUACAGGCAUUGAUUGUAUGGUUGGAUACAUAAACAACACACUUUCCAUUGCUUAUAUAAGUGAUAAGAGAGUUAGUGAAGAUUUCACACAUCAUCAGAUGGUCACUUACAGUGGCAUAAAUGUGACACACUGCAGCUACAGAGACUACAGAAGUAAUGAAGACUAUAGUUUAACUAAUCAGUUUUGGGUCAUUCUGGCAGCACGAUUAGUCUUCAUCAUUCUGUUUGAGCAUGUAGUUGUGAUCUUUAAGUGUGUAGCAAGCUGGUUUGUCCCUACUUCCCCCCUGGAUGUGAGAAAUGAAAGACUGUAUGAUAAACUCAAAAGGCUGAAAGAAGAAUUGAGAGUUCAAAGAGCACAACCGGACACUUUGACCAAACUAAAUGAGAAUGGUAAUGUGAAAAGAACAUCUAAACAGAAAAAGGCAAACAAGCUAAAUAGUAUGUGAGACAAAUGAGCUAAAACAAGGUGCCCCCACAUAACAAUCUUAUUUUUGUGUAAUCUCAAGAAUAUUUGGCUGGAUGAGUGUAUAUGUCUUUGAUACAUUGAUCAAAGCAUUGAUACAGUUGCAUGAAUUGUAUAUAAUUUUGUAUUUUUUAGCAUGGAAACCCAUUAGUUGCAUUUUUUAUAAGAUGUAUAUAUAAAACAAAAUGUGACCUAUUAUACUCAUGAUAAAUGGCAUGGUUAUAUAAUUCAGUUAUUUUGUGAAAUAAUGUAUAAAAAUAGAGCCAAUGAAAGUGCUGUGGUUUGAGUUCCUGUCAACAUGUAAUUGAAUAAAAUGAAUAAAAUUGA